CUCUGUUGAAGCUGUCUCAAAGAGGAUUGAAACUUUAAGGGAUGAAGAACUGCAGCCGCAGCUUUUAGAAUUAGUUCAAGGGUUGUCUAGGAUGUGGCAUGCAAUGGCAGAAGGCCAUCAAUUGCAAAAGCGUACUCUAGAUGAAGCUAAAAUCUUACUAGCUGGAAUGCCUUCAAAACUGUCAGGAACAAAGAAAUACACUGUAAUGUCACCUUCUUCCCCACACCGACUAGCCCAUUCAGCAGCUAACCUCGAGAUGGAGCUCAGGAAUUGGAGAGCCUGUUUCGAGUCAUGGAUUGUUUCUCAACGAUCCUACGUGCAUGCAUUGACAGGCUGGCUCUUGCGUUGUGUCCGUUCAGAUGCAGACACAUCAAAAUUACCAUUCUCUCCUCGUCGAUCCUCGGGUGCUCCACCAAUAUUCACUAUUUGCAUCCAAUGGUCUAGAUUUCUGGAUACCGUCCUUGAGGCCCCAGUUCUUGAAGGGCUCGAUUUUUUUGCAGCAGGCGUUGGUUCGCUGUAUGCACAGUAGCUAAGGGAAGAUUCUCGCAAGAAUUUGGGUGAAUCAAAAAGGUUUCGAGGCGAACCCGUUGGGGGCAUGGAGAUGGUUGAAGUCGGACAAUUUGAAGAUGAAGUAAUGACAGCAGAAAAAAUGUCUGAAGUAGCUAUUAGAGUGCUAUGUGCUGGAAUGUCAGUUGCAGCGACUUCAUUGACACAGUUUUCGGUUAGUUCAGCCGAAGGAUAUGCUGAUUUGGUGCUGCAGUGGGAUAAUCCGAAGCAGCCACACGGUUCCAAUGGGACGGGAAAAUUAUGUAGGUAGGUAGUAGGAAUUUCAGUGUAAAUUACAUAUAACUAUAUAAGUAGAAGUGGAAACCUUUAAUCUUCUGUUCAGUAUGGAUUCUUUGCUGCUUGUGAAAGAUAAAUGGUUGAGAUUU